UCCCCGGGGCGGCUGCUGGGACAGGGGUGAGCGGCGUCCGCCCCCCCUGCGUGGUGCUGUGGAAAGGGGAUGGCGCCUCUUGCGUCCGCGGGACAGGCCGGCUGGACCUGCGGCUGCUGUGUGCGGGUGCCGUGUGUGCUGCGUGUGUAACACGCUUCGGCAGGUGGGUCAGGAUGGGGAGCUAGUUCAGAGACACGGGCAAAAAAAGGCGGUUAAGCCUGUGUUGAUCCAGGCACGACAGUGUAGGUUUAGUUGUGGCAGCGAGUGGGUGUGAUGCGGAAAGGAAGAUGGGGGUAAAACUGAUGGCAGGAUGUCCUUGUAUGUGCUGGAAAUGAGCACAUCUCGUUUGGUGUGUGAUCACCUUAUCUCCUUGAAGAGUAAAAUGGCACUCUGCAUAUGUUAGUAAUCUCUGCUGGCCGUCAGCCUGGUAAGAUUUUGAAUGUCAGCCUUCCCUAGUUACCGUCUUUUGUACACUGAGUGCUUAGCGCUCGUUAGGGAGACCCUGCCCCAAGAUACCGACAACUUGAGUCAUUUGUACUAAGCAGCUGAAAACUCUGCCAAAUGUGUGUUUUGCUCGGAGUUCGGUACAACAUACAUGCUUUAGAUGUCCAAUAAAAUCCCUGAUCCAGCUUAGAGGUUCAACAGAGACUAAAAGCCGGAUUCGCAACCCUCCCCCGUGGGAAACUGAAUUGAUUUCUCCUUCAUGGAAACUUCUGAAAGGCAUACAGGUUGCCACUAACAGGGUUUCUAUGAGAGGAACAGGUUUCAGCGUAAGGAACCAAUUAUGUAAAAUGCAUGCACAUUCAUCAACAGUGGCUCUGCCUGCUGCAAGAUGUCAUGGUUCUCAGAUUUUGGCUGGCUAACUGCUUGGGUCAAAAAAAACACGCCAGGUUUGUAGCAGAAAACCAUGUGAUUGAAUUGCGAUGAUGGAAAUCUGUGUAAAACUGGUUUAGCAAUGCUUGUAACCUCCCACUUCUGCAAAUACUAAUUCCAUGUUUUCCUGAUAGAAGAGCUAGGAGUGAGUUCUGCUGGAUGUACCUAGAGCAAAGACAUUGCCAGCAUGCUUGUUUUGAAGAAAGAAAUAUGAAAAUGUGGUAAGAAACCUUACAGUAUGUGUAAUGGUUUUGCCAAUGACAAGUUGUAUUUUGUCUUGCAACCCAAUCAUUUUGCACAUUGGUCUGGAAAACAAAUUUUCACGUCUAAUUUUUUAUCAGGCCAUGUGACGUUUUCAGUUUUGUAAAAAGUGUGUCACUUCUGGGAAAAACAAUAGAUACUUAUAACCAAGAUACACGAAAUAGAGUGGGAACAUGAUGCAAUACUUGGUUGUAGUUGCUUCGACGCCUGGGCAUGUAUAAUCACUCUUUUAUGAAAAUUAAGUGAAAAUACUAUACUUUGUAGUUACUUAGCUAUUUAAAUUAUGCAAUAAUGCACUGCAGUGUAAAAUUAGGAAACAGUUUUUCUCACAUUUGCAGCAGCCUUUAGAAAGGAUUUAAUCCUUGCCAAGAAUUCUGUGAGGAAUCUGGAAAAAAAUAUGAACUUGCUCCUGUUUUAACAGUGAGAUUAUGCAUUUUGCAUAUUCUGAGAUAGUGUUGUUGCUUUGAUUCACUCUAUUUGGGAAUAUCUGUGAUACGAAGAAAAUCCAGAAAAGCCUAAAGGCUGCAAAUGUCUAAUUAAACCAGGUAAAAAUAUUUCUAGGAGUUGUCAGGUAUAUUAUACAUACAUGUGUCAAAUAAAUGUUUUCAAUUACUCAAAUUAAGUUGUAAAUACUAUGUUAGUAUAACUCAAAAACAUAUGUCCAGAUUUUUAUUUAUUACAAUAGUCUUAUUUAAACCAGUGGGAAAUACUCAGUGACUGGCUUUGUGCAGAUGCCUGAAUCAGAGGGGUCAGCCUGGAUCUCUGUGUACAUUAAUAUUAACUGAGGUAAUAUUGAUACCACUGGUCAUUGUCAAGGGCCCAAAUUUAACAGUCUCACGUUUUUAUUUCAGAAGUUAGAUUCAGGGCAUUAUUAGCAUAUUUUGAUUUUUCGUUAGAGGCAAAUUGUCCAAUGUGAAGGAGAAGGAGAUGGGGGAGUUUUGUGCUUUUGACAUUUUGAGAACAAGUAUUUCAAAACUGUUGGCUUUUUUCUUUUUUUUCUUUUUUUUCUUCUUUUUUUUUGCUAGAUUUGAGGUCAUCUUUGGCAUUGUGUAGGAGAUACCUGAAGAUCGUAUUACAUGUCAGCUUGCCACAAACCACAGAGAGCAAAAUGACAGUCAGGUGAUUCAUGGCAGGGGACGUGGAAGGGUUUAGCUCCUCCAUCCAUGACACCAGUGUCUCUGCUGGAUUCAGAGCACUGUAUGAGGAGGGAUUGCUUCUUGAUGUCACACUUGUCAUUGAAGACCACCAGUUUCAGGCCCAUAAAGCACUGCUUGCCACCCAGAGUGAUUACUUCAGGAUUAUGUUCACAGCUGAUAUGCGAGAACGAGAUCAGAACAAAAUCCAUUUGAAAGGCCUGACAGCUACAGGCUUCAGUCAUGUCCUUCAAUUCAUGUACUAUGGAACUAUUGAACUGAGUAUGAACACUGUUCAUGAAAUCCUUCAGGCUGCCAUGUAUGUCCAGCUUAUAGAGGUGGUAAAAUUUUGCUGCUCAUUUCUCUUAGCUAAAAUCUGCUUAGAAAACUGUGCAGAAAUUAUGAGACUUCUGGAUGAUUUUGGUGUAAACAUCGAAGGAGUCAGGGAAAAAUUGGACUCCUUUCUGCUAGAGAAUUUUGUGCCACUCAUGUCCAGACCUGACUUCCUUUCAUAUCUGAGCUUUGAGAAGCUCAUGUCUUACUUGGAUAAUGAUCAUCUGAGCAGGUUUCCAGAGAUAGAGCUGUACGAAGCUGUUCAGGCCUGGCUGCGCCAUGAUAGAAGACGCUGGAGGCAUACGGACACCAUCAUUCAGAACAUCAGGUUUUGUUUGAUGACACCAUCCAGUGUUUUUGAGAAGGUAAAAACAUCAGAGUUUUAUCGAUACUCCCGGCAGCUGCGACAGGAGGUUGACCAAGCCAUGAAUUACUUUCAUAGCGUUCACCAACAGCCUUUGAUGGAAAUGAAAUCGAACAAAAUUCGUUCUGCCAAACCCCAGACUGCAGUAUUUAGAGGAAUGAUAGGACACAGUAUGGUAAACAGUAAAAUUCUUCUCUUGCACAAACCAAGAGUCUGGUGGGAACUAGAGGGUCCUCAAGUACCUUUACGACCAGACUGUCUUGCCAUUGUGAAUAACUUUGUGUUCCUAUUAGGUGGGGAAGAACUGGGGCCAGAUGGUGAGUUUCAUGCUUCAUCCAAAGUGUUUAGGUAUGACCCAAGACAGAACACUUGGUUACGAAUGGCAGACAUGUCUGUUCCACGUUCUGAGUUUGCGGUUGGAGUUAUUGGGAGGUAUGUUUAUGCAGUGGCUGGGAGAACCAGGGAUGAAACGUUUUACUCAACUGAACGGUAUGAUAUUACUGAAGAUAAAUGGGAAUUUGUGGAUCCCUAUCCAGUCAAUAAAUAUGGACAUGAAGGGACCGUGCUUGGUAACAAGUUGUAUAUCACUGGUGGAAUUACAUCAUCAUCAACUUCUAAGCAAGUGUGUGUGUUUGAUCCCAGUAAAGAAGGGACAGUAGAGCAGCGAACAAGGAGAACUCAAGUGGUCACUAACUGUUGGGAGAACAAAUGCAAAAUGAAUUAUGCAAGAUGCUUUCACAAAAUGAUUUCUUAUAAUGGUAAGCUUUAUGUCUUUGGUGGUGUCUGUGUGAUCCUAAGGGCCUCCUUUGAAUCUCAAGGAUGUCCUUCUACAGAGGUUUAUGACCCAGAUACUGACCAAUGGACUAUACUGGCUUCUAUGCCAAUUGGUAGGAGUGGUCAUGGUGUAGCUGUUCUGGACAAACAGAUAAUGGUUCUUGGAGGCCUUUGUUACAAUGGUCAUUACAGUGAUUCGAUUCUCACCUUUGAUCCAGAGGAAAACAAAUGGAAAGAAGAUGAAUAUCCAAGGAUGCCGUGCAAGCUGGAUGGCUUACAAGUCUGCAGCUUACACUUUCCUGAAUAUGUUUUGGAGCAUGUUAGGCGUUGCAGCUAAAACAGAAUGAACAACUCAAUGAAAUACAAAAAGCUAUACCUAAUUUGUCAAAAAAUACAAACCAGUUGAAUUCCUUUAGAGACGUUACCUUGUGUAUAAAAACUGCUAAAUGCUUAAGAGAAACAGGUUGUACAGGGAGAGUACUUACCAAGUUUAUUAGAAAAGCCAAUGGUUGCUCUGAUAUUGUAAAAGCUUUGGGUUUUUUAACAAACCUAAUUGUAAGUAGGGAAAGAAAAAUAUAUUUUUGAGUGUGGUUAUUUUUUGGUAACAUUUUAUGUCCAUAAUACUUUCUUCUCUCUCUUUUUUUGUUUUGUUUUGUUGUUUUUUUUGGUUUUUGUUUUUUUUUUUUUAAUGGCUGUGAGACCACUAUGCUUUUGAAAUCUGUUGAGUUUAACAGAAUAUUUGUGGAAGGAAGAAAGACUUUAUUUUCAUUUUUUACUGUGCAUCAAAAUAAAGCUCAUCAUCUGUACUAGGGUACAAACAGGUUUGAAAGAACAAAACUAAACCGUUUCUGUAUUUGAUGUUGUCUUUCGGAUGCUUUUCCCAUUAAUUGCCAAAUAUUCUCAAAUCUGCUGGGUGUUUUUGUUUUCCCUUAUAUACGUUGAAGAAUAAUCUUAAACCCUUUGCAUGACCUUUUUCCUGGUUUUGUAUAGUAGUCCCCGUAAGUCUAUCAAAAUGCAAAUUACACAUUUUCUACGAAAUUGAAAAUGAACCAUUUUUAUAUUCAAAACACUAUUUCUAUACUACCUUCUAUUGUCUGCAUUGUGUUUGUUGGUGAGUAAAAAAUACACACACAUACGCGUACACUGUAAAAACUAUAAGUACAUAUUUUUAUGUGCAGUUACAAUAUUAUAUUUUAAUUAGUGCGCAGAUUCAGCCAUAUCUGUUGAAUUUAAGGUAUAGUACUAUCAUCAGCUAAAUAAUUUGAAGUUAAGUAACUGGAGGCCUCAUUUGGUAUCAAAGCAUCUUCAGUAUAUACUGAUUGAUUCAGUAACUUUAUAUUGAUGCUACAUAAUAAACUGUUGAUAAUUUGUUAUUUUAUAAAUUAUUUUUUGAAAAGCAAACACAUCUUACUUGAGUUUCUUUUAUGUUUCGAUGUGCUGCCUGGUCUUCUUUUUUAUGAAAAUGUCUGUAAGCAAAUGCUCAGCACCACUUUGACCCACAGUUAUUUUUUGAACUAGGUAAACUCCAGUUUAUUCUCAGUAAUUUGCUUGUUCUUGUACUUCGAUACAAGUAUUUUGUUUGUACUCGUAUUGAAGUGGUAUCAAUUUUUUUAUUAUUAUUUUUGUUAUUGACUGCUAGGAACUACUGUGUUUUGAAAAUGUGGAGUUAGGUGGUUGGAUGGUUAGUACCAUGGAUGUUUCUUUAUCAAAAAAACCUACACAGCUAUAGCUACUGACCUCAGAGUGCCUGAAUUGACAGGUGUGGUCCAAGAGGACUUUGAGUAUCUCUGUUGUGUUAACUUGCAGAUAUGACUACUGACAGUAUAUUGGUAAUAAUUAUCUGCUAAGACAUAAUUAUUUAAUAGUAAUUACAUUCUGAUUAUAUUUAACAAUGUGAAAUCAGUCACUUCUAGCAUCUAAAGGAGAGAUUUGGAAAUGUUCACAGUUCAGAUGUGUAGGGGCAAAAUGCUGAAACAUGCACCUGCAUAUUUUGUAAAAUCUUAUGCUGCUGUGUUUCACUUUAAGCAAUAGACUUUACUUCAUAUGCAGCAAUGCAAGACCACUUCAUUCAGCAUCUUCCAGUCAGAAAUCACUGUAGAAAUGGAAUGUACAGUACUCAGGGAGCUCAAAAGAAUGCACUUACAAAGGGACCAAAAUCCCCCUAAAUUUCCUAUGUUAGAAGUAAUACCUACUUGCCUAAACUAAAUUUGAAAUAAUUGAUAGAAGUCCAAGCAUGUAAAACUCCUCAUACUUGCAUUUUUAUAUUUUUCAGUAAUUAUGUUCUGCAUUGAGAUGUGAGGAUUUGGAGCUAUAUGGCAAAUGGGCAGACAGGAUUAUUUUAUUUGGGGGGGGGGUUAAGUUGGUUUUUUGUUGUUUUUUGUUUGUUUGUUUGUUUUACUUAUAAAUGAUUUAUUAGUAGAGUAUUUUUCUUUCCAGAUAUUUUAACAGAAAAGAGAUAAUGUAUGCCAUCAUAGUGGUAGUGGUAAGUUACACCAGUAGCGGCUGGAGUGAUUCAGCCUUCUGAUGCAGACUAGUUUGCAGUUAAAUUUAAGUAUUUUUAAAUUAAAAUUCAGUUUACUGAAUUAGAAAUCUAAUUUACUUUAUUUGUAGCUUAACUUAAAGCCAGUGUGGCUUACACUACAACCUCAGUUUCACUGUGAGGCUUGUGGGUACAUUACCCUGUAUGUGUGCAGAGAUAAACUGCAGUAGGCGUUGGCUGUGUGCAAGUAAAAAGGUUCUGCUGUACAUAUUCAUGGGAUAUUGGGACACAAGAAAAAAUGAUUUUUUAAAAUGGCUUUAUUCUUCUUGUCACCAGCUCAUUAAUAAGUUUACGGGACAGCAAAAACUAAUCCUGCUUGAGUAGGCUUUCUUGGGCAUGUUAUGUAUAGUAUGGAAUACUUCACUUUUAUCUAGGGUCAGUCUGGAGAAUGGACAUAAUUCUGGAUAUCUGGUCUUCCAUGAUUCAGGUAUAAUAGAGAGACAUGCCCAAGACUUUAUUAAAAUAAUGGUAAGGGUGGGGGUGUCUCAAUCUGUGUUUUUGAAUCUGCAUUUAUAUGCACCUUCUGAAGUUCUGUGCUAAGCAACUUGACACUGAAGUCAUUGGUGAGUAUUGAGACUUGAAACGUGAAGAACCAGAUGAUGUUAGGUGCUGUGCUUUUAAGUUCAUCUUUAGACACCCAGUUCUGAAAGGUCUUGUUCAGGUUUGUAAUAGUAAUUAUUAUCAAAUACUAACUUGAACUGUUGGUUUCCACUUCCAUGAAGUUGUGUCUCCAGUGAAUCUGGUUUUAACCUUUCCAGCAUUAGGAAUUACUGGAAUUUUUCUUGGGUUUAGAACAUGUGCGGGUAUUUGUUAAUUUACAUUUCUACCAUGCUUUUAUUGUUUCAAACAUGAAUUAGGAAGUUACAUUAUCUUUUCCAUUGCAGUGGAACUUUUGAGGCAGUAAUUUUUGUUACCGUAUGUAUCAGAGGGUUUUACUUUUUUUUAAUGGAAAGUUUCUGUUUGUGUUUGCCUUUAGUAUUACGCUCCAGAUAUUUAGUGUUUAAAUAAAGACAAAACUAAACUGGCUAAUAAGAAUUGCCUCUUCCUAUCAAAUUUUGAGCAUUAUGAUCCAAUUAAUAUGAGUUUAAAAAAACAUUUAAAUUCAUCUCAUUUGUCAAAAAAAAGGUAAGUUACAAUUUUUUAUUAGUAAAUUUUGGGAGUUUUCUCCUUCUUCUAUUCCCACCCCAACCACAGUGGAAUAUCAACAAAUGUGAUUGCACCCACAAACCUAGCAUUUAAUGCACGACCUGCUUUUGAACAGCAAGUGUACUUGCUUUUUCUUUAAAAAGGUGGACGUAGUGAGUUACAGCCUAGGGGGUUUUUCCACAGUUAUAGCAAAAAUGUAUCAGCUUCAUGUCAUAAUGUGGGAACUGGCUCCAAGAGGAAAUGUUGUUUUGUGAUGAGCCAGAAUGGGCAAAAAGCAUCGUGCUCCUUAAAGGGCUUGGAAGCUGCCAGUUCCCAUUCCACAUGCUGCUGUAUCUGGUUUUAGUGGACAGAUAAUUAUUUUUUUUAAAGUACUGAAUAAGGAAAAAAAAAGGUCAUUUUCCCCCACAACGUGUUGGUAAUAGCUCUGUAAUGGGAGCUAUUAGGUGGCAAAAACCCCUUUGCAUUUUUUUCCCCAUUGAUGCAGCUGGAGGAAGGCAGUACUGGAUCUGCAAAAGGCUCUGCUGUUCCAGAAAGCACUGCUAGCAACAGGGGCUGGUGGCAGCACAGGAGCUACCUGAAAGCUGCUUUUUUGUUACUUUAUUUUGAAAAGUGUGAAUGCCCUACUUUCUGCAGAACCAUAGCAGCCCUGUUAUCACUAGCUCUAAGGAUCUGUCACUUUAAUAUUUUUUUGGUUUCUGAGAUUUGCAGCCAUUUUUUUCUUGAGGACCUCCUGCCUUACAAACCCAAGUGCUGUGUUUUUUUCAUGCUGAUAACAUGAUAACUACCUGGAUCAGGGAGGAAGCUUCACUUGACACUCAGGAAGCAAAGGAUGAAACUCAGCAGGUACAACUUGCAACUUGUUUGAAAAGAGAAAUAUUGUUUAACUCAUUUUGUCCAUUAUUUUGCAAAAAGAGGGUAAGCUUUAUGGGGAGAUCCUAAUCGCUCCUUAAAAAUUAACUUCAAGCUGUGUUCGCAUUUAUGUGAUAGUCGUUUUAGAAACAGCUGGAUUUGGAGAGGUAUUUUGCCUUUUUGGUACAUCUUACCUUACAAAAAAACAACAAGAAACAAAAGACAACAAAGGUAGUGAAUUGGGCCCCUGAUUCUUAUAAUACUUUAUAUAUGUAAUUCACAGAAGUGGACAGUCCAGUAUAAAGAAAACGCAAAACUGUAAGGUACUUAACAUUUGCACUUUUGAAGUGUUUAUAGGUUUGGGGGCAUUUAAAAAAACAUCCAUCCUUCUCUCAUUCUGUUCAUAAAAAUCUACCUGCUGAAGUUACUUGAAUAAGCGUGGUCCAUCCAUCACGUGUGGCAGGGCUCACUGAAGGAAACUGGAAAAGAACAUAACUGGAAAGCACGUGUAAUCUAUUUAAAGCUUGCCGGUGUCCUGUAGUUAACAUUCUGAGAUGUUAAUGUUUGUAAAACAAUCUGAAGCUGCUUUAAAUAAAUACUUAUGGCUAGUUUUGCAUCUGUAUUCUAUUUUUGGAAGUUGGUGAGUAACUUUUAACUUUCUAUUCAUGUGGGUAAACUUCAUGAAACAGUUGUAUGUGGCAGGUGGCAGAAAAAAUUACUUGUUUUGAGCACAGUUUUCCUGGAUUUCUCUACUGAUUUUUUUUAAUCACUUCCCAGAUUUCAAUUAAUAUUUAUAUUGUAUUUUUUAAAUAGCUUUCAAAGAUCAAUUUCAAAUGCCUUUGGAUUAAUUUUAUUUGUUAGCUAGGGGAAAACCACUUCUGUUUGCAGAUGUUAGUUUUUAUUUAUGACUCUGUUAGAAAACCUGAUUGUAAGUCUAGAAAACACAGUGUUACGUAGGACUGUAAAAUUAGCUGUACUUAUGGGGCUCUUAUUACCUCAGUGGGACCCACCUAACUUUUAUGUCAGUUAUGGGAACAGGUAAAGGGAGGAGUGAGCUAUGUUUUUAAAUAUUUUCCCUAUAUAUUGUUAUUUUUGUAGCUCUUUUAAAAAUAAAUUAAUAUAUGCUGGGUAUUGCAGUUCCUACUAUAGUAUCCCACUUGGUUCCAGUGUACAGUAUCAGACUGUUUUAUUGAAAAUAAUGUAUUUGAUAAAUAUUUGAUAAUUUAACAGGAAAAGUUAUUUUCAAACUGCUGUGUUUGUGUCUAGCAACUGGAAAUACUUUUCCUAUAGAAAAUUAAAAUUAUAUACAUAUAUAUAUAUAUGAACUCAUACGUACAUUUGUAUUAACUGUCUAAUUAUUACCCCAGGGCUGCUAUAAACUUCUCUGAAUAAUUUAAGAAUUGCCUCUUUUUAACUAUUUUAAAGCCUUUUUUCUUGUCUUUUUUUUUUUUGGCAGAAAAUAACUUUCCCUAGCUAUGGAUACAGUAUGCUCAGACUUGCAUAUGCGCUGUUUUGGUUUUUAAACUGAAAAAAUAUAUUAAAUGUUGUAUAAAGAAAAGUGUAAAUAAAAUAUUUUUAAUCUUUAAA